UUUAGUGAAGUGCAGGCUGAGGUCUGGCCUAAAGAAGAAGCCUGGCUGCCUGAUAAGCGUUGAACGUCUUCUGCCUGUCUCCUCACAUGAAUGAGAAGCUCUUCAUCAAGCUCAGGAUGUUUAGGUACACUUUAGUCCGGAGCGGCCUUGGUGUGUUGGCUCUCCGGAGGGCAUAUGUUCUUACCCGAUUUGCUCACUCUGCCCCGAAGAAUGAGUAUCGACCAAUCAAGAAAGUUAUGGUGGCCAAUAGAGGUGAGAUCGCCAUCCGCGUGUUCAGAGCCUGCACCGAGCUGGGGAUUCGAACCGUGGCCGUGUAUUCAGAGCAGGACACUGGACAAAUGCACAGGCAGAAGGCGGAUGAGGCUUACCUGAUUGGGAAAGGCCUGCCACCUGUUGCAGCAUACCUGCAUAUUCCAGACAUCAUCAAAGUUGCCAAGGACAACGGUGUGGAUGCUAUCCAUCCUGGCUAUGGUUUCCUGUCUGAGCGGGCAGACUUUGCCCAGGCCUGUUCGGAUGCCGGGGUGAUGUUUGUUGGACCAUCUCCAGACACGGUGCGCAAGAUGGGUGACAAGGUGGAGGCUCGUUCCUUGGCCAUCAGUGCAGGAGUACCUGUGGUCCCAGGAACAGAUGCUCCCAUCUCAAGUCUGCAGGAGGCGCAGGCGUUUGCCCAGACAUACGGCUUCCCCAUUAUCUUCAAAGCAGCCUAUGGUGGAGGUGGUCGCGGCAUGAGGGUGGUCAGAGAAUAUGAGGAACUUGAGGAGAAUUACCAGCGGGCCUACUCUGAAGCCCUGACGGCUUUUGGGAACGGAGCCUUGUUUGUCGAGAAAUUUAUUGAAAAGCCGAGGCACAUCGAAGUUCAGAUCCUUGGCGAUAAAUAUGGUAAUGUCAUCCACCUCUACGAGAGAGACUGCUCCAUUCAGCGGAGACACCAGAAGGUUGUGGAGAUUGCACCGGCGUUCCAGCUGGACCCUCAUCUCAGAGAUCGGCUUCACGCGGAUGCUGUCAACCUUGCCAGACAGGUUGGAUACGAGAACGCAGGAACUGUUGAGUUCUUGGUGGAUAAACACGGCAAACACUACUUCAUAGAGGUGAACUCCAGACUCCAGGUUGAACACACGGUCACUGAAGAAAUCACAGACGUGGACCUGGUGCAUGCUCAGCUCCAUGUGUGCGAGGGCCGCAGCCUGCCAGAACUCGGCCUCAAACAAGACAAGAUCAGGGUGAAUGGCUGCGCAAUCCAGUGCAGAGUGACAACAGAGGACCCAUCCAGAGGCUUCCAGCCAGACACAGGAAGGAUUGAGGUCUUCCGAAGCGGCGAGGGCAUGGGUAUCCGUCUGGACAGCGCCUCAGCCUUCCAGGGUGCUGUCAUUUCUCCACACUAUGACUCAUUACUAGUAAAAGUCAUCGCCAGCGGAAAGGACCUGAACACAGCAGCCUCCAAGAUGAGCCGAGCUCUGGCUGAGUUCAGAGUGAGAGGGGUUAAGACCAACAUCCCGUUCCUCCAGAACGUUCUGUCCAACCACCAGUUCCUGCACUCCACAGUGGACACCCAGUUCAUUGACGAGAACCAGGAGCUCUUCAACCUCAAACCCACUCAGAACCGAGCCCAGAAACUACUGCACUACCUUGGUCAUGUGAUGGUGAAUGGACCAACAACACCCAUCCCAGUCAAAGCUAAGCCCUCCUCCACGGACCCCGUCGUCCCUCCCGUCACCAUGGGUGACCCUCCUGUAGGUUUCCGUGACGUUCUGUUGCGUGAUGGUCCUGAGGGAUUUGCCAAGGCUGUCCGUGCCCACAAAGGCCUCCUGCUGAUGGACACCACAUUCAGGGACGCUCACCAGUCUCUCCUGGCUACCAGGGUUCGGACGCAUGACCUGAAGAAGAUCUCGCCAUUUGUCAGCCACAACUUUAGCAACCUUUUUAGCUUGGAGAACUGGGGAGGUGCUACCUUUGACGUGGCCAUGCGAUUCCUAUCGGAGUGUCCCUGGAAGAGGCUGCAGGAGCUGAGAGCUUUGAUCCCAAAUGUCCCGUUUCAGAUGCUGCUGAGAGGAGCCAACGCCGUGGGCUACACCAACUACCCUGACAACGCGGUCUUUAAGUUCUGCGAGGUGGCCAAGGAGAACGGCAUGGACAUCUUCCGUGUGUUCGAUUCUCUGAACUACCUGCCUAACAUGGUGCUGGGUAUGGAGGCUGCUGGAGCAGCAGGUGGCGUAGUUGAAGCUGCCAUCUCCUACACAGGUGACGUGUCUGACCCAAUGAGGCAGAAGUACACUCUGGAAUACUAUGUCAAACUGGCAGAUGAGCUUGUCAAAGCUGGAACCCACAUCCUAUCUAUCAAGGAUAUGGCCGGCCUGCUGAAGCCAGAAGCCAGUAAACUUCUGAUCAGCGCUCUGAGGGACCGCUUCCCAGACGUACCCAUCCAUGUGCACACGCACGACACAGCUGGAGCUGGUGUUGCUGCCAUGCUGGCCUGCGCUGAAGCGGGUGCUGAUGUAGUUGAUGUGGCGGUUGACUCCAUGGCUGGGAUGACCUCCCAGCCCAGCAUGGGAGCCAUGGUUGCCUGCACCAAGGGGACCAAGCUUGACACUGGCAUCGCUCUGGAGAAGGUGUUUGACUACAGUGAAUACUGGGAAGUAGCCAGAGGCUUGUAUGCUCCAUUUGAUUGCACUGCCACCAUGAAAUCUGGCAAUGCUGACGUGUAUGAGAAUGAGAUACCCGGAGGACAGUACACCAACCUUCACUUCCAGGCUCACAGUAUGGGACUGGGCAACAAGUUCAAGGAGGUGAAGAAGGCCUACGCAGAAGCCAACAAACUACUUGGAGACCUUAUUAAGGUGACUCCUUCCUCAAAGAUCGUGGGUGACCUGGCCCAGUUCAUGGUGCAGAACAACCUGACCAGAGCAGAGGUGGAGGAGAGAGCGGACGAGUUGUCCUUCCCCCUCUCUGUCGUUGAGUUCCUUCAGGGAUACGUUGGGAUACCACAUGGAGGAUUCCCUGAGCCGUUCAGAUCUAAGGUGCUGAAGUCUCUUCCCCGCAUUGAAGGUCGACCUGGUGCCUCUCUGCCACCUAUGGACUUCAAGUCCCUGGAAGAGGGGCUCCGAGCCACACACGGGGAUGACAUCACCCCUGAGGAUGUGAUGUCAGCAGCCAUGUACCCCAAGGUGUUCCAGGAGUUUAAGGAGUUUACUGCUAACUUUGGCCCAGUGGAUUGUCUCAGCACCAGGCUCUUCUUGGAUGGACCCAAGAUUGCAGAAGAGUUUGAGGUGGAGCUGGAGAGAGGGAAGAUCCUCCACAUCAAGGCCUUGGCACUGGGUGACCUGAACAAGGCCGGGCAGAGAGAGGUCUUUUUUGAGCUCAAUGGACAGCUGAGAUCUGUGCUUGUUAAAGACACAGUCGCCAUGAAGGAAAUGAAGUUCCAUCCCAAAGCUCAGAAGUCCAUCCGGGGUCAGGUGGGAGCACCGAUGCCUGGAAAGGUCAUAGAGGUCAAAGUAAAAGUUGGAUCCAAGGUGGAGAAAGGUCAACCGCUGUGUGUCCUCUCUGCCAUGAAGAUGGAGACUGUGGUCAACUCCCCAAUGGCUGGGACCAUUAAGGCUGUUCAUGUCACACCCGAUGCUUCCCUGGAGGGAGAUGACCUGAUACUGGAAAUUGAAGAAUAGAGCGCAGGGAGGGAGUGGUAGGAGGCAGGAGGCAGGCGUUCAGACGAUAUGAUCCUGGAAAUGGUGGCAGCUGGAGAAACGGGGAGAUUUAAACUGAGGAGGAAGAUCGUAGCCCCAGAUAUGUACAUAUUCCUUUGGGUGCACUGGGGGAUGCACAAUGAGGCUGUAUUCAUAUCCAAACACCUGAUGGGAGCAAAGAUAAAAAUGUACGACAGUCCAAAACAGUGUAUUGAUUUGAAGAAAAUUACUGAGUCCCCUGUUAAAGCAGUUCCGUAGUUGUGGUAUUUAACUCAAAUAACGGCAUCUUUGCGCACAUCCGUCAACUUGUGGAAAAUAGCAUUAAAUAUUUUAGAGUAACAUCAUGUAUUUGAAAUGUGAUACAUUCCACUGCUGAAACUGUAGUCUUAAUGUGAGCUAAACAUAUCUAACACUAACAGGGUUUUAACAUCUACUUGCAUUGCUGUUGCCUCACACAUUCAACGUGAGUAGAUUGAACUUUUUGUCUCUGACUGCUCGGUGAUUUCAUACUUUGCUGGUUUCAAAAGAGAAGAAUAGACUUGUGGAUGUAUUACACAGUUACUGUUGUUCGUAUGGGAACAAUCUUCAUUGUUUUGCUUUGUUCACGGUGCAUUCUGGGAAUGUGUAAUCACUGUAGCAUUUAGGCACAACCCCUCCAACAUUUCCUUAGAAAUGACAGCACAGUACACUGAGGGGCUGAAGAAUGAAAUCACAUUUUCUCCAUCAGGUUUUUAGACCAUAGUUUUGUUUGGGGUUUUACUGCAAGAAGAGAAGCACAAUAAAGAUGGUUUGUUGACAAGGACGCACCAGAAACAUCUCAUGUCGAAGGCUAUUAACGAGCACUGCCAGUGAAAGUAAGUGGUUUCCUUUUUUAAAGGAUCUCUGCAGGUGUUUUCUUACUCAUGUCUGAUUUUAACCCCCACCCACCCUCAAAAUGUGGAUAUAUGCAAAUCGGAUUAGCGUUGGUUUGAACAUGCUCUUAAUUCAAAGCGUAUCUGCAUGAAUAUUUAGAGGUAUGUCGACACAGACGUGGCGUUUGAGGUCUUUUUAGAGUGUCUGGUUUGUGUGAUGUUGGAAAAGUUGUCAGAGAAGUGGUUUGACGGUCUCUUCAGAACCGGAGAUUAUGGUGGAUGGUCUGUCUGCAUGGGGAUUUUCAAUGCUAGGUGUAAAUGGGAUUACAUGGUGCUGUAAUGGAGCCAUGUGAUGUUAUUUUCUGAGGCUCUGCUGAUUAAUUUAUGGAUUAAUUCUCUGUCAAAUGAUGUUAAAUUAGCCGGACUAAUAAGGGACUCUGGAGACUCCCAGCAGCAGCAGCAGCACUCCGCUUUAUACAUCUAUGUGGGUGUGUUUGUACCAAUGAGUCAAUGUGCACGCGUGUGAGAGCAAAUUCAGCCCCUCCCCCAUAACACACCAGCUGAUAUUUAAAUGUAUUCACAUGCACACCAUACUCUGCAAAAUAUCCAAACUAGCCCCUAAGUGCUGUCUGGAUCACAGCAAAUAAAUCUAAUCUAGUGCAGAGGACUGUGGUUUUGUCUCUAUAGUGAGUGUCCAGCACAUUUAACACCAGUAAACUUGCUGAGAAUAAACAAAAAAUUAGACUCAGGCUUGCCCCAGUGUUUCCUGCAGGCCUUUCAACAGUGUAUUUGUUCACCCUAAAAAGCGAUGACUGAAUGUUGAAUUACUCUGACCGGUGACAGAAAAAUCACACAUCAUCUGCAGAAAGUGUCAAUGUUUCCUCGUAAGGCAGUGAAGCAUGAAGUGUUUGGGACAGCGAGCCAGGAGAGAGAUCACAGCAGAUUCCUUUCCCCAGAUCAUCUGUGCUCCUUCAACAGAAUACACUGAUUGGGGGACAAAAUUAAAAUAUCAGUUUGUACUGCACUGGAUUAUUUCCAGCAGUUUUGCUCCAUUACCUCUGAGAAUGAAUCCGCUUUUGAACCGUGCAUCAAUACUUUGCAGUGACGCCGUAGUUAAUUGGGACUCUGUCUCCUCGCUCUCCCAGGCCACUGCAGUGCCUCGCAGUAUCUCCUGGUUUAUCAAUCCAUGUUUGACUCUUUUCAAAGAGACAAACUUGGAUUGGUGGGAUUUUUUUUUAUGAAUAAGUGUUUCUGACAAGCUGUUGCGCAGUAAUGUUAAAGUUCCUGCCUCCUCUUCUGGUUAGCGAUCCUCGCUUACCUGCUUUCUCUGCCUCAUCUACCCAACCACCUUUUCAUUUAUCCCUCCAUCCCCCUGUCGCUUCCCUCUGUGUAUAUUUGCACAUGGUAGAUGAUAACAGCAGUUCAUGCAAUAAAGUAUCAAUGCUUCUCUUUGUCUUAGCCAGCAAUGAUUCUAACAGACAUGCUUAUGACAAUGUACUACUGCUCAGUGUCUCGGGGAAAGAAGAAUAAAUUGGAGAAAAAGUACACACAGCUGGAAAAUGUUAUUUGUUUCAGACAAGGGGAUAUAAUGUCAGCCUAUUCUGGAGCUCAUGCUAUCUACAGCUGAGCUGUCAGAAUAUGAAAAUAGGGUCUGUGACAUUUCCAUUUUCCUUGUAUCACGUCUUUUUUUAUGAAACCAAGCUGUUUAUUUAGCAGAAAUACUGCCUGCUGAUUUCUUUCUCCAUGUCUCCAUUACACCAAAUGUUCACAAAUUUCUCAACAGUUCUUUUGUCUUCUAAGUCUACAUUUCUUUCUAAUUUACUGUUGUAGUUUACAUUGACCUGUUCUAAGUAUGUUUGGGUCCUUUGAGCUGGAUUGCGAAAGAAGGAAAAAGGAUUGCAUCUCAAAAAUAAAAAAAAUAAAGUGAUACAUGUUCUCUGUACUUACAAAUAAAGUUAGCUCUAACUAAAUCUGAA